UAGUGUAGGGGGCGUCAUCAUUGUCAACGUAAAGGAGGAUGUUUAUCCCGACGCUGGAUCUGGCUGGUGAGCGUGGAGAGGCCGCGAAACAGUUGGUGGCAGCACUGGAAGAUCCCGGCUUCCUUUACAUCAAGAACGUGCAGGGCUAUGACCCAGAUGAGCUACUAAAGCAUACGGAGUGGUUCUUUUCGCUGCCGUUGGAUGUCCGUAUGUCUCUGGCUCGCCGAGAGUGGAACCCAAAAAACAGCAAUCGCUACCACGGCUACUGUCCCGUCAUUCCCGGAGUGGCAGACUACAAAGAAAACGUUGAAUUCUCGCUGGACUUGCCCCAGGACGAUCCUUGCGUACUCUCGAACGUCUUUUACGAGCCCAACGUCUGGCUGCCCGAUUCCGUGUCCGGUGCUGCUGAUUUCAAAGAAUUCGUCCUAAAGUACUACCAGAGUAUGAGUGACUUGUUGCUCGAAGUGGCACACUUGCUUGCGAUCGGUCUGGGGAAGGAGGAGAAUUAUUUCGACGAGCUUUUUCUCCACGAGCCAAUGUCCACGCUGCGACUCAUGCACUACCCUCUCCGAGAGGGACUGAUACCUGAAGCUGCUAGAAAAGAAGGGCACGUUUUGUCUUGUCUGGAGCACACAGACACGGUGUUUGUGACAUUUCUCUGCACGUUUGGCUACAGAGGUCUGCAGAUCCUGGAGGGUGGUGGCUCCUGGAGUGACGUGGAGGUCAUACCUGACUGCCUCAUCAUGAAUGCCGGAGACGCUCUAGUGAAGACCACGGGUCGUUUCAAAGCCACCAGACAUCGAGUCGUCGACUACGGCGUGGAGCGUUUCUCUGUUCCUUUCUUUGCAGAGCCUGGCUACUAUGCUGAUAUCACUCAGUACGGAGCUCCCAUUAGCGAGGAGGCAAUUGCACUGUGCAGCACAGACCUGCCAAAUCAGUAUGGACCAUGGCUUCGAGAGCGACUGAAUCAAAAACAGUUUUCUGACUACCCCACCGGAAGCAUUCAGGAGUAGCCUUAACCCUUUGGACGCCAUGGGUAUCUGCUUAAAAUUGAUGUAUAUAUAAAGUAUUAGCGCCCUGUAUUAUAACCCCUUGUAUAAAUUCUUAUGGACU